CCGAAAGUUAACACAUAUUUUACUCGAAAGGUUCCGUGAUGGCUGCUGAUGAGGAUGCAGAUGUUUUUGAAAUCACAGAUUUCACAACAGCCUCAGAAUGGGAAAGAUUUGUGGCAAGAUUGGAAGAAAUUCUUCAUGAGUGGAAACUAGUCAGUGUACAAUCACGUCAUCCUGUCACCAAGGCUGAUCAGAAUAAUGGAACGUGGAUUGAGAGGACAGAGGAGAUCUUGUUUGCUGACUUCAAGUUUAUAGCUUCUCACCACUAUCUAAAACCUGCUGCUUCCUCCCCUGACCAAACACCAGACAUGAGACAAAGUCCAGAUGAGGAGAUCGAGGAGGUAGAGGAAAACGAGGAUGUGAUACCAACAGUGAUGAUGGAUAUGAUGAACACAGAGAAUGACUUCCCUUCUAAAGCACACUUCCUGUCUAGGUUGUAUGGUCUACAGGAGUUUGUCGUGAUAGCACCCUCCAGUAAGUCCGACGCCAUUGAUAGUGAGAGUCGAAUCAAACUACUCCUCAGUUCUGUGUCUAUAGCCCUGAGUAAUGCUGGAUGUCCAGUGCCAGUGUUUGUACAAAUCCAGCAAUUUUGGCGACAGAUGUAUUCUGGGAUUUGUUUGAUGUCGGGGACAACCAUCAACUUUGAUGUGAUACAGUUUCAAAGAGUGCCUCCCCAGUAUAACCAUUUGGCAGGUCUGCUGGACGUGUUUAAAGCUAAGCUUGCAACACAAGUAACCCCAAGGCCAAAGGUCACUGUAGCAGUGAGAUUUACCUACUUCCUCCAGGAAUGGGUCAAUUCCCCUUGGCCACAAGAACCACCUGUGGGCGACUGUAGUGGAAGUGAUUUGUCUUCUCUGAUGGAGGAUGAGAUUGGGUGUACGUCAUUCAGUACUCUGCCAUUUGGAGCAAGUGAAGAUCCAGUGAGUGAACUUCGACUUGCCUGCACCUGGCCCAGUCUAUCUGAGGAUAUGAUCGUUGAGAACCAGAAUUACAGUGACCUUGACCCACUGCAGGCUCCUCAGUGGUCAGUAAAAAUCGGCAUGUCAGAUGACCCUAAUUGCUUACUAGGCCAUUACCUACAGAGCUUUGUGAAGCAUGGCUACAGACAGGAGACUACAGAAGAACUACUCUGGAAUAUGGUGGUCACAGAUGAGGAGCCAGACCAGACGGGAGACAUCAGCCAAGCUCUUCAGAAACUGACAGAGCCAAAUGUAGGCUACAGCAUUCCGUCAAUCUCCAACGUGGUCAAUCGGGCCAGUAGUCGCAUGACUGUGAAGACAGGGGUGGCACCAAUAUCUGCAGAUCUUCUCAACGAGAUUCUUGAGCUUUUGUUCCCGGAUGCAAAGGAUUCUUUUGAGAAACAAAAGGAAGAUGGUGAAGAGGAGAAGGAGACGGAUGCAACAGAAACUGAUCCUCCAGAGUCAGACAACCGAUACACAGAGGUCCUCAGGAACCUAUCAAAGCAGUUGAAGUCUUGUCCCAAAGACACAUUGGUGCAUAGCCUUGCUGUGUGUCUUUGUAUUAUCAACAUUGGUAAUGGGGGCCUGCGAGGCUUGGCCCAACUAUGGCAGGAGUUUGUGCUGGAGAUGAGGUACAGAUGGGAGAAUAAAUGUUUGAUCAAAGG